GUAAAAACAUCGUUACAAAAUGACAAAAUUUUAUAAAAUAAGUACUAUUAUAUUCAUAUCAUUCUAUUUCAGUUUUGUAAUUUCUAGAGUUCAUCAUUCAAAACGCAGAUUGGCUUGGCCAUGGAUGACUGGAAAAAAGAGUGCUUUGAAAAAGAGUGGUGAUACUAAAAAUAUUUAUCCUGAAAAGGAUUACUGGUCACAAUCGAAGAACACUAGGGAAAUCCCUGCGUUGCCCUUAGAGGAGAAACUUAGGCAAGUGCAUAAACACUUAAAACAGUUUACACCUAUAGGAUUGUUAACGAGUCCAUACACGCAGGAAUCACAACAGGUCAAACCCAAAAUAGCAGAACCUAAAAACGUACAAAGGAACCCGGAUACAUUAUUAAAAGAUAAUGAACCUAAUGGCAAAAACCAAGAAGAAAAAGAGACAGAAACAAAGCCAGAAAAUGUACCCUGGGAAGAAGUUAAAGAAUGGCAAGAAGAAAACCAAGUUGCAGACGAAACAAUUAGCGUCAAAUGGAAAAAUAAAAACAUGUGGGAGCCCGAUAACGCACAGAAGGACAUCGAGGCGUGGAAACAUACAUAUCUGAAGAAAAGUGAAAGACGCCGACCUGAGGAAGACGAAAAUUAUGAUGACGAUAUGUGGCAAGAGGAUAAUUCAAUGAAAGAAAUACUGCGUUGGAGAGAACCCACUGAAGACAUUGUCUAUAAGGAAAAAUAUUCAGAGCUUAGGAAUCAAGGCCCAGAUAAUGCGAAGAAAGAUAUUCCUCAUUGGAAGGGAAAAAAAUCAAUGAUCACGGCACCAAAAUGGAAGACAGCUGAUCACAAUAAUAUACAAAAUAAAGCUCGGGAACAGGAAGAGGACAUGGUAAUCGACAUUGAUCACCCUAACUUUGAGAUGCCCAGAAAAGAAUUUGAUGUAGCAACCUUCCAAAACGCAACGAGAACGAAAGUUAAAGAAAUGGUUUCAAAACAGUUAGACAGCUUCUUAGAAGAUAAGAGCACAAGCGUUGAAAAGAAGAAAAAACAUUCGAAAAGGACUAAGCCACAGGACUCAAAAGAAAAUCAUAAGAAUCCCAAGAAAAAUUGUAUCAAAAAGUGUUUCAUUUCAAAAUGUGAAGUUAAAUGCAAGGGACGCCAAGGUUCAGCAGCGUGCAGCGCAGAAUCUUGCAGCGCUUUCACCAAAGGGCAAGAUUCAGCGGCUUUGUGUACUGGACAACUUUGUCAUGCUGUGUGCGUCCACAAACAGUGUAUUUCAGCGUGUGAAGGCCCUAUUUGCUUUGGAAAAUGCGAAGGCAAAGCAUGCCAUGCUAUUUCCCAAGGACGGGCAUCACAAACAAUAUGUACAAAGGAUGAAUGCAUGGCUUCUGCUAAUGGCGAAUUAGUAAAUGCAAAGUGUACAGGGAAAAGAUGUGUGGCCCAAUGUUUUGGAGCCAACUGCACUGCUUCGUGCGAAGGAAAAAGUUGCCUCGCUGCAUGCCUCGGGGAUAAAUGCAUAUCAAAUUGCAAAGGCAAAAACUGUCACACUAAUGUGAAUGAGCAAACUGUUAGUCCUGAAGAGGAUAAAGGCCACUCCGACAAGACUCCACAUGAAGCAGACUCAGACGAUGGUUACUAUGGCAACAAGAACCUUAUUGACGAAACAGAAAAGAGUAAAGGAAAGAAAAUAAAACACCACAAACCAACAAAUCCCAUUAACCCACCUGUUGAUGAUCCUAAUGACGGUUACUAUGGCAACAAGAACACUAUCGACCAAACAGAAAAGAGUAAAGGAAAGAAAAUAAAACACCAGCAACCAACAGACCCCAUGAAGGUCCCAUCUCUUGAUGAUCCUAAUGACUGUUACUAUGGCAACAAAAACACUAUCGACCAAACAGAAAAGAGUAAAGGAAAGAAAAAACACCACCAACCGAAAGAUUCUAAUAAGAUCCCACCUGUUGAUGAUCCUAAUGAUGGUUACUAUGGCAACAAGAACCAAAAUGGCAACACCAAAAAAAAUAAACAUAGAAAAAUAAAAGAAGAUAAAGGUGUAUCAAUAAAUUUUACUCCUAACGCAGAACCGAAAGAUGGGAAAACGAAAGUAGAUUAUUCUAUAGGAAUACAUGUUAAUGAUAGAUUGGCAGAUUAUAUUAAAUUUGAACUAGGAGAGUUAGGAGCUAGUUCCUUAUUGAGACACUUUGAUUAAGAAUUUAGAAUAAGAGUUUUUAUUUCCCAAAUAUUACAUGUUAUAUUGUAACUAGGUAAAGCCAGUAUCUUGGGCGCUAAUUUAGAGAAGAUUUACAAAUACAAUUUACAAAAAAUACAAGUUUGGAUGGACUUUAAAGUAUGAACUUAUAAAUCUUGUUGUAAGAAGCUAUCUGAAUAUUAUAAAGUACUAACUUUUGCCCUUGGUUUUUAUCGCGUCCCAAGAGAGCUAGUUCCCGCACCUAAGUAAGAAGUAGCUCAUAAUAUUAAACUACCUAUAUAAUAUAUGUUUCUUAAGACGUAAGAAACGCACUCACACUUACAAACUUUCGCCUUCAUAAUAUUA